CAGUAGUCAGCCAACUCGGGCCAACUCGCGAGUUGUCCCGCGCAAAGUUACUUACCUUGAUCGAUUCACGAGAUAAAAGCACGAUAUUGUUUCGUACACCUCUAUAUACACGUAGCGAUUUUCAUCAACGCAAAUCUAACGUUAUACAAAAACAUUUAUUAUUUUUUACUUAGGUAUUAGUACUUUCAUUAGUUGUAAUCAGAUAGUGCACAUUAAUCCCGAGAAAAAGUCUUCAAGUGCCGCUGCACGCACGAAGGUAACCUGAUUUAACUGUAAAAUGGUUGAAUCCGAACACAGCGAGAGCGAGACUAAAGUCCAACAGCAGUCGGAGGAUAACAUGGAGACGAGCCAAAAUAUUUGCAAGCGGUCCAGGACUGAUGUGGCUGAAGAGGAGAUGCCGAGUAAGAAGCCACGCCUGGACGAAGCUGUAGUUGACGAAGAUAAAGUUGUUAAGCAGACGAAUGGAGAUGCCAAGGAGUCAAAUGGUGAUUUGACGAGCAAGGACGAAGCAAACAAAGAUGCUGAUUUGGAAGAAAAAAUGGAGGUUUCGGAUAUUGUUUCCAAAUCUGAUGAUGUAAAUAUUGCUGAAGAUGGUAAGGCUGAUGAAAAAGCAGUAGACGAAAAAGAGGAGAAAAACAAUGAAGGUGGUGCUAAGAAUGAUGUCCAAGAGGUAGAGAAACAAUCGAACACUGUGGAUAAAGAUGCUGAGAAAGAUGUCAAAGAUACCAAAGAUAGUUCAGAAAAGGAUGAAGGAGAGAAAGAUGUUGAACAGGAUGUUAAAAGUACUGAGACAUUCGAUUUGAAAAGCACUGCUGACAAAAAAGACACCAUUGGUGUCAACAAAAAAUUGACAACUGCCGAAAAUGAUGACAAGACCAAGUUGGAGGAUGAAGUUUCAAAAGAAUCUAAAGAUGAUUCAAAGGGACCUAAAGAAGAUUUGAAAGAUUCUAAUGAAGACCAAAAAAAAAUCAAAGAAAACUCUAAAGAAACGAAAGAAGAUGCUAAAGAAUUGAAAGAAGAUGCUAAAGAAUUAAAAGAAGAUGCUAAAGACCCGAAAGAAGAUGCUAAAGAAUUAAAAGAAGAUGCUAAAGAGCCGAAAGAUGCUAAAGAAUUAAAAGAAGAUGCUAAAGAGCCGAAAGUAGAUGCUAAAGAAUCGAAAGUAGAUGCUAAAGAAUCGAAAGUAGAUGCUAAAGAAUCAAGAGAAGAUGCCAAGAAAUCAAAAGAAGAUUCAAAGAAAGCUGAAGGACUUAAAGAGAAAUCCAAAAAAGUUACAAACGAAGAAAAAAAUAUGAGUAAGACCUCUAGCAAAAAAAAUUCAGAAAUAAUACACGGCAUGGAGCUCACAGUAGAAAAUGCCAGUGAUGAAGAAUCUAAAGAGGAAGAAGAGAGUGAGAAGGAAAAAAGUUCGAAGCCUAAAACAAAAACCACAAUCGUCAGAGAAAAACCAAAUGAAGAUGAAGUCGAAAUGGGUUCCUCGGAGGAAGAAAAAUCUGAGUACAAGGUUAUGGAAGCCAAGACCAAGCCAAAGGAAAGUUCCAAGACUCCGGCAAAGCCAGUCAGGAAGCGCGGCAGACCCAAGAAAUUGAGGGACAUGACUGAUUCAGAUAAGAGUGCUGAGUCUAAUUCGGAAGAUGAUGAUGAUGACUAUUCUCCUAAAAAGAAAGUUAAAAAGUCUCCUAUUGUUAAGAAGACUCCUUCCAAAGGGCCGGAAGGUAGUAGGGGGAGAGGUCGCCCUCGAGGAAGGCCGCCAAAAACUCCUAGGAAAAUAGUGGCUGGAGAAGAGGAGGGUGAAAAAAAAGAGGAAAAAGUUGAAAAGAAGGUCGAAAAAAAAGAAAAGAAGGUUGAAAAGAAUAGUGAAGAUGCUGAAAAAAAAGAAAAAAAGGAAGAGGAGCAAAAGAAGGAGAAAGAGGAUAAGGAUUCUGAAAACCAAAACGAUUCUAUCAACGAUGAAUACUCAGCUAGCGAGGUAUCGGAUGAAAAAAGUGAUGACGAUGAGGAUGAAGACGUCAAAAGUGGGAAGAAAAGGAAGGCAAGUACUCGUAACAUCAAAAAGAUAGAGAAAUUGAAAAAAUUCAUCAGAACUGCAGGAAUACGAGUGAAAUGUUACAACACUCUAUUAAAAGAUUGCAAGACAGAUGCUGCCAAAGUAAGACGUUUGAAUGCAUUCCUUGAAGAUAACGGAAUGGUGGGGAGGCCGACUCUGGAUAAAUGCAAAAAGCUGAGAAUAAAAAAUGAAACAAAAAAAGAAGUUGCAGAGUUGGACAAAAACAACGUGAUCUCUGAAACUCGUGCCACCCGAGGAAGGCCGCGAAAGUCACAAGUUGAGCCAACAUCUGAUGUACCUAUAUCCCCUACAAAAGCUCGCACAACUCUAAAAAAGAUCAAGACUGUUGUUGACAGUGAUUCCGAAUAAAACUGUAAUCAUGUAAUUUUGUACAAAAGAAGAGCAAAAAUUAAUUCAUGAUUUUCAAUAGGAAAUCACUAAGAAUUCUUAGCACUGCGGGGCAUGUAAAAAUUUUCAAUUGGAAACAAGUUGCUUCUGUUGAAGAGAAGUAAGUUACACAUCCAGGGAGCAAUAGUGAGGAAUGCCCCAGAUCGCACCUUUGUUGUCAUCCGAGGCUUUCUUCACUCCCUCCCGUGAUGUGUAAACAAUUUAAUUUUCUUUUUUUCGUCGUAUCUUGGCAUCGACGCGUUAAGUGAAUAAUUUCAAAAUAAUUAUGAUCAUUAAAUUAAAUAUAAUAUUUUACCAAGUUAGUAAUAUUUCUAGUUUCACGUUAUGUAUAAUAUUUAAGGAUUUCAAUGGAUUUUGCUGGAUUUGUUGGAUUGAAAAAAAAAAAAAAAAAA